GCGAGGACUGGUCACAUGACCGCUGGCUCGUGGUUUCUGCGCGGGGCAUCCCCGGCCUCCUGUCUCCGCGGGCCGGACGGGCGAUGGCGAACGUGGCGAAGAUGGUGUCGUGGUCCGGCCGGGAGGGCGAGCCGGAGGGCCAAGGGGAGGCCACGCCGCUGCUCAACGGCACGGGCGGAGGGGCCGCCGCCCCGCCCCGCCAGCUCACCCCGUCCUCUUCCUCCUUGCGACUCGGGCGCAUGAGCUACGUGGAUCUCGAUGACGAACACGAACCAGAAAUGGUUCAGCCUCGGACGCGCCCCAGCGAGAUUCCUCACAGCGAGAAAGUCCUCUCUCUCAAGUACGAGAGCUUAGACUAUGACAACUGUGAGAACCAGCUGUUCUUGGAUGAAGAGAAGAGGAUCAAACAUACGGCGUUCCGGACGGUGGAGAUUCGGCGGUGGGUCAUCUGCGCCAUGAUCGGGAUCCUCACCGGCCUCGUCGCUUGCUUCAUCGACAUUGUGGUGGAAUACAUCGCUGGGCUGAAAUACAAAGUGGUGAAGGGCAAUAUUGACAAAUUCACCAAGACAGGCGGCUUGUCCUUCUCUCUGCUGCUCUGGGCCACUCUGAACGCGAGCAUUGUGAUGGUCGGGGCCGUUAUUGUCGCUUUUGUUGAGCCUGUGGCAGCUGGUAGUGGAAUACCUCAGAUCAAGUGUUACCUCAAUGGAGUCAAGAUCCCCCAUGUGGUCCGGUUGAAGACCCUGGUGGUUAAAGUCUGUGGUGUGAUUUUCUCGGUGGUCGGAGGCCUGGCGGUCGGAAAGGAAGGGCCGAUGAUUCACUCUGGAGCUGUCAUCGCAGCUGGCAUAUCUCAAGGACGGUCAACUUCUCUGAAGAGGGACUUCAAGAUCUUCGAAUAUUUCCGGAGGGACACAGAGAAGCGGGAUUUUGUCUCCGCCGGAGCUGCUGCUGGCGUCUCGGCUGCCUUUGGGGCUCCUGUCGGUGGCGUCCUGUUCAGCUUGGAGGAAGGCGCUUCCUUUUGGAACCAGUUCCUGACCUGGAGGAUUUUCUUUGCCUCCAUGAUCUCCACCUUCACCCUGAACUCCAUCCUGAGCAUUUACAAAGGGAAUCCCUGGGACCUGUCCAGCCCCGGACUCAUCAACUUCGGCCGGUUUGACUCCGAGAAGAUGGGGUACACUUUUCAAGAAAUCCCAAUCUUCAUAUUCAUGGGAGUGGUGGGUGGAGUUCUUGGAGCCAUGUUCAACACCUUGAACUACUGGCUGACGAUGUUCCGAAUCAGGUAUAUCCACCGGCCGUGCCUGCAGGUCAUCGAGGCCAUGCUGGUGGGCGCUGUGACAGCGGCUGUGGCCUUUGUCAUGAUCUACACCUCAACAGACUGCCAGCCCCUGCAAGGCAGCGGCAUGGCCUACUCGCUCCAGCUCUUCUGUCCCGACGGCGAAUACAACUCUAUGGCUGCCGCCUUCUUCAACACGCCGGAGAAGAGUGUCGUCCGCCUUUUUCAUGACCCCCCAGGCACGUACGACCCCAUGACUUUGGGGCUGUUCACCUUGAUGUACUUCUUCCUGGCUUGUUGGACCUAUGGGCUAACAGUUUCGGCAGGCGUCUUCAUCCCCUCUCUGCUGAUCGGAGCCGCCUGGGGCCGCCUGUUUGGCAUCUCUCUCUCCUACAUGACCAGCGGCUGGAUCUGGGCCGACCCAGGGAAGUAUGCCUUGAUGGGAGCCGCGGCACAGCUGGGGGGCAUUGUGAGGAUGACUCUCAGCUUGACGGUUAUCAUGAUGGAGGCGACAGGCAACGUCACCUACGGCUUCCCAAUCAUGCUGGUGCUGAUGACGGCCAAGAUUGUGGGGGAUUAUUUUGUCGAGGGUUUGUAUGACAUGCACAUCCAGCUUCAGAGUGUCCCGUUCCUGCACUGGGAAGCCCCUGUCACAUCUCACUCGUUUACCGCCAGAGAAGUGAUGAGCACCCCAGUGACCUCCCUCCGAAGGAUUGAGAAAGUGGGCGUUAUUGUGGACAUCCUAAGCGAUACGUCGUCCAACCACAACGGGUUCCCUGUGGUGGAGAGCAUUCCAGGCACCGAUCAGGCAGCGGGACUGCGAGGCCUGAUCCUGCGCUCCCAGCUGAUUGUUCUCCUGAAGCACAAGGUCUUCGUGGAGAGAGCCAACCUUUCCCUGGUGCAGCGGCGGCUGAAGCUGAAGGAUUUCCGGGACGCCUACCCCCGCUUCCCCCCCAUCCAGUCGAUCCACGUCUCCCAGGACGAGCGCAAGUGCAUGAUGGACCUGACCGAAUUCAUGAACCCCUCGCCUUACACCGUGCCCUUGGAAGCCACCCUAACGAGGGUUUACAAGUUGUUCCGGGCCCUGGGCUUGCGCCACCUCGUGGUGGUGGAUAAUCAUAACCAGGUGGUUGGUCUGGUCACACGGAAGGACCUGGCCCGAUACCGCCUGGGGAAGGAAGGCUUGGAGGAGCUUCCCCUGGCGCAGACGUGACUUUGCCGCUGGGUUGUGGACCUUGCUGUGCACCACGCUCUCGCCAGCCUCCCGGCACCGUUGCCCUUGGGAGACGGCGGAGGUGAAGCCAAACCCCGAAACACCUGGCCCGGGAAGUCCUGCAGUUCGCUGUGUCCACGGCCUCUCCUCCUUGUUGCCAUUCUCAACUUUCUUCAACAUUGCGCUCCUCUCACCAUCCUUACCUUAGGUUCUCCGCACGGGACUGCAGAUAGGCUCUGUACAGCUGCUUUGGGGUCCCCCGGGGCUUCAGGAGAGGCUUCGCCCACAAAUGGAGAGUCCCUUUCUCUGUUACAGAACUGGGCUGGGAUGUGUGUGUGUGUCCAUUUCUGACCAAGCUUUCUUCCUCUGGCCCAGCUCUUGCCAACUGUGCCUUCCAAGACUCGCUACCCCAUCCCCUUGGUCAAUCCUGCUGUGCAAAAAAAAAUGCUCUGAGCGAUGUUGGACUGGGGAUCCUGGCUGGCAUUUCCUGGGAACAGUCGCAACGCACCUCCCGUGCAGCUCAACGUUGUUGCUUUUAACUUGUGUGUAAAGCAAGGGAGCGGUGACUGAACUGUGGUCCUCCUCCAUAUCGCUGCUGGGACCCCCCCCCCCAA